GGCGCCUGUUUGGAAAGUAGCGAUGAGCAGCGCACUGGCCAGGGGCUCGCACUCCCGCCGGGGCCGGGUUAGGGGCAAGCUGCUGCGGGGACAGCUACUGCCCGUGAAAAACGAGCGGACGGCCGAGGCCGAGGAUGACGGGGAGGAGGAGGACUAUGAGGACGGAGACCACCAUUUCCUGGACGGGGAGGAAAUCGCAGGAGGGGGCGUGGCCGUAGCCUCCUGGACCCCCCAAAAAAGCACGGUAAUUAUUAAAGAUGAAAAUGAAAUGGAACAUCGUGUGACUGGUGUCUUCCCUCUGGUGGAUCCUUGGUGGUGUGUAACCGUGGAGGUGAAAUAUGCCAACUCACAAUGUUUUACACAAGGACACCCAUCCUAUGAAAUUCUAGAAGAUGCACUUGGUGAAACAUCAAUGCUCUCGUUAUUUCUUCAUAUGUGUCAUGUUCCUGACGAAUCGGUAAAAGAGUUUGUAGACUGGUUGCCACAAGGCACUCCAGUGACUUUCUGUAAUCUGGAACAAAUAAUCAAAAGUUAUGCAGAGAAACCCGAACGCAUGGACUUAAUGCCGUACAUUAAGAAUUCAGUCCAAGGUAGCAUUGCAUUGAGAGCCCUGGACAUCCCAUUGGUAUUGGGAUACUUACCCAGACUUUUACCACGCCAUGUGAAAAGUUUACUAAUGGUCGAGCAAAAGCAGCGUGGAAAUGAAUCUAGUAGCUCCCACGACCAUCUUUCAGAUAUUUUACCAAAAAUUGAAGACUUACUAUGUUCUGAACCCUGGAAGCUUGGUUUUGGAUUGAUCGUCAGUAGGGAACUAAAACUUUAUCACUGUGAGGCAUCCUGGGAAAACUUUCUAUCAUGUGGCUCUCUUGUGAAUAACAUUCCUGACCUACAGAGACAUGCACUAAUUAUUUAUAAUGAACUGAAGAGAAAGUGCAACGAAUUGGGGGACACCUACAUCGAACAGACCGCUCUUACCAAAGCUGUAUCAGAAAGCAUGGCUGCAGAUCUAGCAUGGGAUGCACUGAAGUUUUUAAAAGAUAAUGGUAUUGUGAUAAUGGAAGGCCAGCGGGUUUUUCUCCACAAUCUUUACCGGUAUGAAAUGGAUAUUGCUGAAUAUAUCCAUGAACUUAUAGUGAACGAAUCCCAGAUAUUGAAUAUUGAGCCCGAAGAAGUGUUUAGAUUUGCUUCUUUUAAUCAGGCCAAAGAACCUGAAGACGACUCUAAUACAGAGAAUGAGAUUGGAGUCUCCUCCAGUUCUGAUCAGACUUCCGAUGAGUGUAUAAAAGCAUUAAAGAUAAUGGACUGUCCUUCUACCAGUGCAAACUCUUCUUCAGCCGUUUUGGAUGAGGACCAGGAAAAAGCUGUCAGACUGAUAUGUUCUAACCCAGUAACGGUCAUAAGUGGGAAAGGAGGAUGCGGAAAAACCACUAUCGUGAGCCUUGUGUUUAAAUCCCUGAUUUCGAAGGAAGAUGAAGAGGUUGAAAUGUCGUGUAAAGCAUUUGAGAGCGAUAUGAAUAUGUCUGAUGAAUGGAUAUGUGACAACAUGCCGCAUAACUUUAAAAGCGACGGUCCUAUACGUUUUUUACUUACAGCACCCACAGGGAAAGCAGCAUCUCUUUUAAAGAAAAAAACUGACCUCCCUGCUGCUACCUUGCAUCAGGUGACCUGCAGUUACUCCCGUUGGAAAAAACAUCAUGAAGAGAAUCCUGAAAGCAAGACAAGGUGGAAGUUCUCCAGAGUGGAAGUUCUGGUUGUAGAUGAAGGAAGCCUUGUAUCUGUUCAUAUUUUGAGCACUGCUUUAAGAUUACUUACUCAAUAUGGAAAGUUGACGAGAUUAAUACUACUUGGAGAUGUUAGACAAUUACCCAGCAUUCAACCUGGAAACCUGCUUGCAGAUAUAUUUACAGUUCUACAUAAAAUGAAGUGGGCAGUUGAGCUUAGAACGAAUCACAGAGCAGAGUCCCAGCUCAUCGUGGACAAUGCAACAAGAAUUUCUCAGCAAAACCCAAUUGAGUUUGAUGCUGUAAUAGAUCUCUCCCGUGGUGUGGAAGUUGAAAUACCCAGCGACGAUAAGAAAUUCAUUUUCAUUUCUUUGCCCAAUGGCAGUGACUAUGAUCUCCAGAUUGCCAUAGAGAAACUUCUAAAGGAAGGACCAGGUUUACAGGAUGAUAAAACAUCUCAGUUUAUUGCAUUUAGAAGGAGAGAUUGUAUGUUAAUAAAUGAACUCUGCUGUAAACAUUAUUCUAGACAUAAUAUCAAGAAUCAUAGGAAUAAGUUUGACUUUCAAUUUAAGGACAAGGUGUGCUGUACUAAAAACGCAUAUGUUAAAGAUCUACGAGCAAAGAAUUCCAGGGAGGAAUUAGGGGAAGAUAUGAGCCGCACACAGUUGGUUAGCAACAAUGAAAUUAAAAAAGAAAAAUCUACGACGAAGGCAACAAAUGAAAGCAAUUCAGAAGAUCAGUCUAAAAAGGAACUGAGUGAUGAUGAAAGGCUGUGUAAUGGAGAAAUAUUUUUUAUAAUAGAUGAUGUGGAAGAGAACAAAAUCCGUGAAUUAACUUUAAGUGACGAUGAUAGAGUUUAUACUUUGGACUAUAAAGCUCUAAGGAACCGAAGUGGUUUAAGGCAUGCCUGGGCUAGAACUAUUCACACAUUCCAGGGCUCAGAAGAGGACACCGUUGUGUAUGUGCUUGGACCAGCAGGCAGGCAGAACUGGAAGCAUGUAUACACAGCUGUAACAAGAGGCCGCAAACGUGUGUAUGUAAUAGCCAAUCUGAGUCAACUUGAUCAAGCAAUUGCUAAUAAGGCCCGCGAAAGAAAAACAAGGCUUCAGCAGCGUUUAAAUAUGAUGCUGUCAGAGAGUAGAAAUUUAUCAAAUCCAACAAACUCCCCACCGACUACCCAGGUUAGAGGAUCUCAGCACCCAUACACACACAUAAAGACUAAUAAAGAGCGUGAUCACAACAAAGAUUUUAGUGGUUUUACAUGGAGUCAGUCCCCACCACGUGCUCAAACUCAGUUUGUGCCUAUUACACCUACUCCGAAUGACCAUAAUACAAGGGAAUGUGGAGACCAUCCGACGCAGACCGUCAGUAACGUGGCCAAUGAAUGUCAUGGAGACCACACGAUGCAGACAGUCCAUAACGUGGCCAAUGAAUGUCAUGGAGACCACACGAUGCAGACAGUCGGUAACGUGGCCAAUGAAUGUCAUGGAGACCACACGAUGCAGACAGUCGGUAACGUGGCCAAUGAAUUUCAUGGAGACAAUGACCUGAUGCAUUCACCUUUGACGAAAAGGACUGGAGCACCAACAACUAACCAAACCCCUUCCAAGAUAAGUCGUGUUUCAUCUGCUCAGGCUGUAGCGAUCUCUCCUUUGGGUACUACCAGUAUGCAGAGUCUCAGUAUCAGCGGCUCAUGUCAAAAGCAACUCUUCAGAUAAUAAAUAUUGGAAACACCAUGACGUCUUAUGGCAGCAGCCAGCUUCAGAGAAUGACAAUGAUCUAUCUGAUAAAAGAAGGUUCUUUGUGUUCUUAAGAAAUCUGCUACUGCGUACUGGAACAGAUCUUUAUAUUUUAGCAGGAAAGAGAGGACAGUAUGUGCCCCAUUUCACUUUUAUGUAAUUUGUGGAACGAAUUUCUGCUCACUUACCAGUUUACAGAAACCCCAAAAAUCUAAAUACAUUUUACAAACCAGGGAUGUAAUAUCGCUCCAAAUAAUAGAAUACAUGAUAAAACCCUAAAUGUUGUACCCCACUGAACAGUUAACAUCCUAGGGUCAGCCAAUAAGCAAAGUACCUUCACCAAUGUAUUCUUCAUACCAGUGAUACAGAGGGUAUUCUAUGACAAAGGAUUGAUUUAAAAAAGAAAUCUAGUAUCUGGUCUCAACACAGAAAUAUUCCCUUUACUAAAUCUAGAAAAUUAGUAUUUAAAAUGCUAAAAAGGAUGGACACAACUUUAUUCUCCUCUACCUGCUGGUGGGUCACGUUUUUAGAGUGACUUAUUUAUUAUGCCAGAUAUUUUGCUAAAAUUAAUGGGCGCUAAUGAAGUUAGACACAUUAUUAAUUCAUACAUUGCUUGCUGUAUUUUUUUAUAACAUAUUUGUUUCCCCCUAAAAAGUGUUGGUGGGUAUUGCAUACACUGGAAGAGUCACACUGCAUUGA